UGGGGCGCGGGGUUGUGAGAGCCUUCUCUUGCCGAGGCGCUGCGGUCCUUGCCUGUCGCUGUGGGCAUCGCGGAGCUCAGGCGCGGGCGUUUGCCCUGCAACUCCGUAAUGGGACCUGCUCUUGGGAGCGGGGGACGCGAGAAAGCGUGUUUGGGCGCCUGGCGGCGGCCGUCCUAGUGACCGGAGUGAGGAGACAGCAGCUGUUAACCUGCCAGCGGGUUCGUGGCUGUCAGUGGCCCGGGGCUCCCUUGGGAAUCGACUCAGCGCCCCGCCUGACGGGAAGCCGAGGUGAUGUUCUAAUCAUGUCAGGUAAAGAUGGUACUGAGACUCCAGUAAUAGCUGAGACAUCCCGUACCCUUGAAGAUGGAAACUGUGAGUCAGACAAAAAUUCUGAGUCUGUUGACCACAGUGCCAUGCCAGAGAGUGAAUCAGAACUUGCGGCAUCCACUGGGAGAAGACCAGAGGUCAAACCUUCCAGUGACCUUGAAACUUCAAAAGUUCAGGAGACUGUUUCUAAAGAGGAAACGCAGACUGGAUGGGGCUAUUGGGGAAGCUGGGGCAAGUCCUUGCUCUCCUCCGCUUCAGCGACAGUGGCUACAGUAGGACAAGGUAUUUCAAGUGUCAUUGAGAAGGCAGAGUCUUCCCUUGGUAUCCCUAGUCCCAGUGAAAUUUCCUCUGAAGUCAAGGUUGCAGCAGCAGAGACAAAUACCAGAGAGAAUGAAGACUCCUCCCUGGGGGCUGGUCCGUUUGGUGUAUUCUCGACCAUUUCUACCGCUGUUCAGAGCACAGGAAAGAGUGUUAUCGCUGGAGGUUUGGAUGCCUUAGAAUUCAUUGGGAAAAAGACAAUGGAUGUAAUAGCAGAAGGGGAUCCUGGCUUUAAAAGAACUAAGGGUCUAAUGAACCGAAAUGCUACACUCUCUCAGGUUUUAAGGGAGGCAAAAGAGAAAGAAGAGCUAUGGACCUCCAAUGAGGUUACCAUGGAAACUGACAAAAAUACUCAUUAUGGGCUACUCUUUGAUGAAUUUCAAGGCCUUUCCCAUCUAGAAGCUCUGGAGAUGCUUUCCCAAGAAAGUGAAAUAAAGGUGAGGUCUGUCCUUAAUUCUCUAAGUGGAGACGAAUUAGAGACCCUAAAACUUGAAUUAGAGCAGCUCAAAGAAGCAUUUUCCCUUGCAGAGUUUUGUGACGAAGAGGAAGAAGAGAAAAAAGGAGAUGAAGAUUUUACCAAAGAGGUAACAGAGCUGUUUUCCCAGCUGCACGUCUCUACCAAACCAGAGAAACUUACCAGGGCGAGAAAUACUGCUUAUGAAUGGAUCAAGGCAGUGCCGGCAAAGACAUUGGCAGAGAAUAAAGAAGAAGAAAAACAGUUGGAGGGAGGAAAUACGGAGGAAGUCUCUAAAAACUCAAUAGAGGAUAUCCAUGCAUUUGCAAUCCGGAGCCUGGCAGAAUUGACUGCCUGCUCCAUUGAACUGUUUCACAAGACAGCAGCAUUGGUCCUCCAUGGCCAGAGGCAGAACGUGACAGCCAUAGAAAGGAGCCAGACUCUUUCCCAGGUGACCGUUGUGUUGUGUAAGGAGUUGUCCUUUCUGUCUAGAGAGUUCACUACCUCCUUGACGACUGUUGGGGUCAAAGAAAAGACAGAUUCCCUCAACCCAUUAAUCACUGCAGUAUUUCUAGAGGCAUCAAAUAGUGCUUCCUAUAUCCAAGAUGCCUUUCAGCUUCUCUUACCUGUGUUGGAGCUAUCUCUCAUUGAGAACAGGACUGAAUCACCUACACAUGAACUGCAAGUCCAGAAGCCUUUGGCACAGCAAUGAAGAGCAGAAGGUUUUCACCUGGGAUUUAUGGGAGUCAAGCAGUGGCCACAUAAAAAGCCAGGCAGGAGAACAAGUGGAAAGUACAAAUCUAUUUCUUCACGUGGCUGAAGUAUUCAGGCCCUAAUAUUACCCUUCCCAGUUGUUAUAAUUAAUGAAUUAUUCAAAAAUAAAUAUUUGUAGAAAGUUCAAGAAUAAUAGCUUUAUACAAAGGCUAGUGGGAUACUCAGGCAAACAUAUUUGUCUUUGAUAUAUUGCAAAACACUAAUAAUUUUGUCAUGGAUAUAAUUUACAGCUAAUGAAUAAAACUGGUUUUUAAGCAAGUGAAAAACAACCUAAUUUGGCAUUGUAGAAUUCACAACAUGUUGGAUUUAUUAAUGUCUUAUACUUGCUUCUUUCUAGAAUAAAGGCUAUGGAUUUAAGGAAACUGAGCAUAUAUAACUCUGAAAUGAUUACCCUUUAUUGUGUAAAGUUUUGGAAAUACUUAGGAAAUUUAGUCCUGUCUUUAAUUCUCAGAAGAUGUUUGGCAUUAAGGAGAACUUUCUAGAGUAUUAUACUCACAGCCACAUGACCUACAGCAAAGUGCCCUUUGGCUUCAAAUAAUUCUCCCACCCCUGAAAAACAAGCUUCAGGUUGUAGCUAGCUCCUACUCAGCUGGAUUCAAGGCCAGUAAGUUGAAUUUAGAGAAGCAGUUUUGUGUUUGCAGAUAAUCCAAGUCUAUUUGGGUUGUUUUUCAUUACCGUGUUUUGCAAAGUCUAUAUGCAGGAUAAAUUUUUAAAUAAUGAACUCCAGCAGAAUUCUGAAGCCCUUUUAUUAAUGGGCUUUUGAGGAUUAUUGAAGUCAGUCAUACACACAUAGAAAUGAUGUUCAUUUUAACAAAAUUUAACCUCUGAAAUACAUUUUUUUCUUAUUCCUUUUUGUUUUAAUGUAUUAUUUAGUAUGCUUUUAAAUACCACUUUUGUCCUCUUACGCUGUUUUGUUCGGUUCAAACACUAAAAGCUAUUUUGGUAUCUACUGUUUUUUAAAGAAGUUUUCCAAUUUUGUGGCUUUUAGUGAUUGAGGUAACUUUUGUGAGCUCUACCCCUCAUCUUCUAAAUUCCUUAAAACUGUACCCACUGAAGUGUGAUAUUUCACAAAUAUCAGAGAUUAAAAUAUGUUAUUGUACUUUAAUGUUUUGCAUUUUUAUGAAAGGCUUAACAAUGAAGCUUUGAGAAAUGAAGUUCUAAGAAGAACCAGCCUCUUAGUUAAUAUGUCACCAAGCCCUCUGGUGAGUUUGUAGCAGGAGUUUUGAAAACUCUCCCCUUGGUGUGAUUUCCACUCACAUCCCAGUGCACGUCACUGGCAGUCCCCUCGCUUCUCUGUGUUUUACUUCAGACUCCAUCCUUGUUCAUUGCCGGAUUAUCUGACCAAAUCCCAGAGUUCCUCCAUGUCUGUUUCUUUCCCUAGACAGUUCAUCAGGAAACUUUUAAAAAGGAAUCCAACUGUACUCUCAACACACUUUGCUUUGAUGCCAAAUCUCAGCACGCCUACUGUGAUCCCUGCAACCUAGUAAAUCAGUGUUGCUCUUUCCCACUAUUUAAGUUUCUAACUGGCCUUCCUUGGUAAAUGGAGGGACACUAUCAUCUGUUUCUGCUGGUCAACCCCAUAUUUGUCUUUUUCUGUUCACACUGGCCAUUGCUAUACCUUUAAACUAGUUCUAAAGUGAAAGUCAUUUUCCUAACUGACUAUGAAUUCAGCAAUGUGAUUGAUUCUUUUAAAAGCACAUUUGUAAAUUGGAAUAAACAUGGUUUGUCACAGA